AAUAAGGAAAAGCCCCUGAUGGAGUGGUUUGUGCCAGGCCAGGCGAGCCCUUCCCAGGUGCGUGGCCAGGCUGCCAGGUGGGUACUGAGGAGAGUGGUGUUGCUGGGUGUGUUCGUUAGGUGAGGUCUGUCUCCUGCAGCGCCAUCCUGCAUCGUAAAUCUACCUUGGCUUGUUUUGUUAGGAGUUUUACGUAAGUUCCCUCCAUGACUCAAGGCCUGCUAGUGUUGGCAACCACCGUUCUACAUUGCGUCCCUGCAGAUAAUGUAACAUUUUACUUGGAAAUCCCUUUUGUCUUUUAAGGCCUGGGCAUUUUUGAAAAGUGCGGUCCAGCUAUCUUUCAGUGUCUUUCCGUUUGGGUUUUCCCGUGGCUUCUCAUGAUUAGGUUCGAGUUAAGCGUUUUCGGCAGGAGUGUCCAGAAGCGAGGCAUAGGGUGCCAGCGAGGCUCGCCGCGUGUGAUGCCACCGUCGGGACUUGGUAAAGGCAUGGCUACCACGCUUCCUCACUGUGAGAUAUGAAAUGUCCCACCGGCAGAAACUGCCCACUGUACAGCUGUAUGCUGGGGCAAAGUCGCAGAACGCUUACAGGCACGUUUCUCCGCCUGUGAACCGAGGACCGCCGCGCCUUUGAUCAAUACUGGAGUUUAAGAAAGGGAACGUAUGCGCGCGAGGCCUUACGGAUUAACUUCCUGCACGCUCCACCCGCAGAGGGGCGGAUGAGAGGCGGAGAGGGCGAAGACGCAUGCGCAGAGGGUUAACCACUGAGUCGGUGCUGGCCCUUGCGGAUAGACCGGCCGGAAGUGCUCUUAGUGAGCGGGGCCGUUACGGAGCUGAGCGCUCGAGCUGUGUCAGUUGGGGGCCUGCGUGUGUUGUUGCUGCGGCCUGUUGGAGUGAGGGGCUUCAGGUUCAGGCACAAUGGCGUCUCGGGCAGGCCCGCGAGCGGCCGGCACCGAUGGCAGCGACUUUCAGCACCGGGAACGUGUCGCCAUGCAUUACCAGAUGAGUGUGACCCUCAAGUAUGAAAUCAAGAAGCUGAUCUACGUGCAUCUGGUCAUAUGGUUGCUGCUGGUUGCCAAGAUGAUCGUGGGACACCUGAGGCUCUUGUCGCAUGAUCAGGUGGCCAUGCCUUAUCAGUGGGAGUACCCCUAUCUGCUGAGCAUUGUGCCAUCUCUCUUGGGCCUUCUCUCCCUCCCCCGCAACAACAUUAGCUACCUGGUGCUCUCCAUGAUCAGCAUGGGGCUCUUUUCCAUCGCCCCUCUCAUUUAUGGCAGCAUGGAGAUGUUCCCUGCUGCACAGCAACUCUACCGCCAUGGCAAGGCCUACCGCUUCCUCUUUGGUUUCCCUGCUGUAUUUGUCAUGUACCUGGUGUUGGUACUGUCAGUCCAAGUGCAUGCCUGGCAGUUGUACUACAGCAAGAAACUCCUAGACUCUUGGUUCACCAGCACACAAGAGAAGAAACAUAAAUGAAGCUUCCUCAAUGAACUGCUCUGUGGGGUGAAGCCUGGGCCUCUGUUGAGCAGAAUGAGAAGGGUAGAGGAACUGUUUUAAAAUCUAGUAUUUGGGCAGCUGCUGUGUUGGUACCUACUACAAACUGGGCCCUAGUUCUGGCCUAACAUUCUGUUGUCAUCUAUUGAAGUGGCAAAAUUAAAUUUAUUCCUGAUGGGCUAGAUCUGAUUGACCAGUAGCUAUGAAACAAGACUUCAGCUGGGUGAAGUUUUGAAGCCCUUCAGAAUUUUUCCUUGUAUCCUUGUUUCCUUUUAUCCUUAUCCAUGCCUCCUGUUGGUCCAUCUCCCCACUUCCAUUCAUCACCUCUUAGCUACCAAGACUACAAAGUUUACUUCCAUUUGUAGGUCAUGGGACAAGAAAUACCUGGGAAGCUGCUCCCCUUGCAGGAUGUGCUUUCUACUGCAAAACAUUUUAAUUAAAAAUAAUUUAAAUAAAGUUAAGACUGCCCUGUC